CUCAGAAGAUGGAAAAGAAAAUCCAAAAACAAUCAAGUUGAUAAAUUGAGUGACGUAACGUCAGUUUUAUACAUACACUGUAUCAAUGGUAAAAACCUGUCAAACUCGUUACCAAACUUUUCCCUCUUCUGGAGUACCGGUAAUUAAACACCGGUUAAUUAAAAACCUGUUUGGUCUGGUGAUUCCCGGAACAACAAAUAUAUAGUACUAUACUCAAGAAAAUGGCACCGAAGGUAGCUCCCUAUGUACGGCAAAAGAAAAGUAAAUCAGGAAAGCUUCUAGAUUUCCUUGGUUGGUUUACUGUCAUUAUUUGGCCUGUAUUCCACUUUUUCUGUAAAUUGUUCCCAUGCGACGAGGCAGACCCUAUUGAUACGAAGCAAAAUGACAUUAAAAGUUCGCUCAUACUGAUGGACGAUGAAUAUGGCGAAGAGACUUCAAGUUUGCCUAUUUCUGCCGCGAAUUCGCAUCACACCUCACUGGAAGAUUUUAAAAAUCACUUUCAACAAUUUGGAAAAGAUGUGCACGACAAAGUAAUCGAGGGAAUCUCUCAAAGUAAGUAUUUUAAUAAGGAUAUCGGAAGGGGAAAUUAGAACAGGAAAAUCAAUUCGUCAGCGAAUUGUAAUGUACUGUACUUAAACAAUCAAUCGUUCUUAGAUUUUUUAUGUCAAGGUUUAUUGUAAAUACCAUCGAGAAAAUGUUGCAUUAUAACAGCAAAGAAUAUAGGAUGUUUAAUUCAAUAGAGUUCGCCAUAAAACUAAACUGUGAAAGGUAUUCGCAAAUAUGAAUUGGCGUGCAUGAGAGGGGAAAUUCCCAUAAAGUACAUGCAGAUAGCCUUGUAUGCUAUAUUGUGAACUACAGUAUUGUGUUUUGUUUAAAUAACUACUUCUCACGUUUAUAGAGCUUAUCCAAUUGUUGGGCAAAGAACUUGAACAACUGAUACUGAAAGAGCUCCGUACAAGCUUCUGUGGCAGGUAAGAACUUCAUUUUAUUGAGGAACUCAGUAUUAAGUGAUUCUGAAAUGUUUAAUGUUAUAAUGUUUUAGAUUACUGCAGUAUUUUAACAAACAAAACUGUCUAAUUAUUCUGGUAACUGAUAUCUACAGUCUGAUAUAAAUAAAUAGCUUUGGUGUAGUUUUGAUAUUGCAUUAGCCAAGAAUAUGAGCAUAAAUUUAUCAAAACAUUAAAUAAUGCAGGUGCUUUGAAUUAUUAGGCUGUUCCAGAGGUUUAUUUUCAUUGUAUAUAAUGUUAGAAACAGUGAUGACUAUAGUGAACAUAAACCUCUGGUUGAAAGCAAUUGAUUGAUCACACCAUGCCAAUUGGUUUAACCUAGAGUCACAUUCUGUCUCUUGACUGAAUAUAAUUACACAAAAAAUCUCAAUAAUUUAUUGCAUGGUCACAUUCUCAAUUGUGUUCUGAUUGAUUUUUUGUUACAGUAAUUUGAUGUUAUUGUACAAUAGUGCGGCUAUUGCUGCUUCCAACCAGAGUUUUAUUUUAAUUUGCUUCACCAUUUUCAAUACAAUGAAAAUAAACCAGUGUAUAGCCCAUUCUUAAUUUAUCAGUAUAUAUAAGAAUUCAAGACUUCCAUAGUCAUAGACACAAGAAAGAGGCUGGGGCUGCAAACAUGCAACAGUCCAAUUUAGAUCGUAUUUUAUCAAAAUUCUCCUCAGCUGGUUUUCAGAUGAAGCUGUUGAAAAAUUAUUGCCAGUUUCUCUUUUCACACAUUUUUGGUGAAUUCACAUUUUCACCUCUCAGCUCAUUUGUGUAAACUUGUAACCCUUUGAUUGGGAAUUUGCCCUGCAGAUGUGCUUUACUUAAAGACCAUGUAAAGUCUGUUUUGCACAUACUGUACGUUCUGCGCACAGGCUUACAUUCCAAUGGUCGGGACCCGACCGUUGGAAUGUUAUUAAUAUUUUGUAUCUUUUGAACUUUCUUGAAUUGAAUCUCUAGUCUGUAUUCAUUUACAAGCAUAGCAAACCAGAAGAGUGUUAAAAAUUCAGUAUAAUAUAUAUCUAAUCAUAUUUUACAACUGUAGGACUGAGUUCAAAAUGUAAACAAAGCAUUUGUUUACAUUAUGUACUUUACAUGGUCUUUAAUUAUUUUACUCGGAGUGUCUAUAACGCCAGGCAAUUUUACAUGUCAAAAGGGAAGAGUGCUUGCCACUUUACACAAUUAUGAGCCAGAUAUUAUAGGAAUGCCAGGUUCAAUUAGUAUUCAGGUUUAAUUUGCUUGUGUUCGGUUAGGAAUGUAAGAUUAAGGUUUCCUGGAAGAUUACGUAUUCUAGUAUACUGCCACGUAUAGAAAAGUACCCUUGUACCCUAGAACUUGCAGUUAUAGAGAUUGACAGCUGGCCGCUGCAGCUCAAUUGAUUAAAGCACUGCACCUACAGAAUACAGGGCCUUUUUUAACAUACAAGCUGGGGGGGCAAAUGCCCCCCAGUCCCCCCUUGUGCCCCCCCACGAAAUCACAUUUUGCCCCCCCAGGAAAAGUCCCUUUUCCCUUAAAUUAUAGAAACAAACCAGCGAAGAUUAACAAAUACAUAAACGGAAAGUAAGUUUUAGGCGUUAUCCUUUGUCCUUGUUUAACAAAAUUUAAAUUGUUACUUUUUUCUACCACUAAGUAAUAAUAAAUUAUUGUUAAUAAUUUUUUUAUUUUUUGGAUGCUCAAAAUGCAGGAAAUAGCAUUUCCGGGUUUCAAAUUUCAAAAAUUUUCUGGGGAUUAUCCCUCUAAUAAGUAAUGAUAAAUGAUGGUUAUUUUUUUUACGUUUUGGGCGUUUUUUCUUUUAUUAUUUGAAAUACAAGUAUAGUUAGCAUAAAUUUUGGAGCAAAUUUGGAUGCUCAGAAUGCAGGAAAUGAUAUUUCCGGGAUUCAAAUUUCAAAAAUGUUCUGGGGAUUAUCCUCUAAUAAGUAAUGAUAAAUGAUGGUGGCUAAUUUGUUUUACUUUUUGUGCAUUUUUCCUUUAUUUAUUUCAAAUACAAGUAUAGUUAGCCUAAAUUUUGGAGGAAAUUUGGAUGCUCAGAAUGCAGGAAAUGACAUUUCCGGGAUUCAAAUUUCAAAAUUUUCUGGGGGAAUACUCCCCCAGACCACCCCCCAUUCAUGAGUGGUAUAUUGGCGACACACGUAGCCUUCAGCCAUUGCUACCCCCUCUAAUAUAUUAUAUCACAGAAAAGUCCCUUUUCAAAAAAUGCCCCCCCACAGGAAAAUCCUUAAAAAAGGCCCUGACAGAAUAGCAGAGCCACAAAUUCAAUUCCUGCAAGGUACCUAGCUACAGAAAAGUUGUUGCAUUUUUUUGCAGCUGUUCCAAGUCAAGUCUAAUAAAUGUACUAUAUAAAUUUACACUCGAUAACUUGGGACAGCAGUCCUCCCCCCCCCCCAGAAAAAAAAAUUAGUAAGGCACAUUCUAUACUUACAUACUGCAUGUACAAGACUUAGACUGGCCCUCACAAUUAGGAAGUCUCAAUUUGUCCUUUUUGUUUGACCUGCAAUGUCCAUUCAAUACCUUUUUAAUCUCUUGCAAUCUCUUGACAUAUUGCUCUGCAAAAUAUUUUGUAAUUGCAAUUAACAUUUUGAUUUCACUGUAUGGGAAAUCUAUAAUAACCAGUAAUGGCAAGAGCAAUUUUUACAUUUAAAAAUCCAUUUUACAUUUAAUUUAAAUGUUUUUCUUGGGAUAACUAAUUAGUAUGCAGUGAAUGACGUCACCAAUAAGCAUCCAGAAACUUGUAGUUAUCUAGAUUUUUAGUUCAAAUCUUGAAAACUUGACUUAAUUGGAUCAAGUCUAGAAAAUUAUAUUAAGUCACUAUCAAGCUGAGUCAAAGUCGAUAUAAUUGUAUAUUAAAAAAUAAUGCACUUGCAGAUAACUUCUUCGUAAAAUAUUUAAUAUUUAUUAACUUAACAGUUAUUUGCCGAAGGCAAGGUAAUUAUCGGGGAAUAUUCGCAGAGACGAAGUCGAGGUGAUAAUCACCAUGCCUGUCAGGCGAAUAAUUGUUUUAGUUUUUUACACAAGUCUUUUGUGGUUUUUUGGGACUGAAUUUAAUUUAAUUUCACUUAUUUCUUUAUCAGUAAGUUCCACAAAAUGGCUAUAGCCUCCAUUUUGCAAAUUUCGGUCUUGUCAUAUUCACCUGUAGGUGAAUAUAACAGCUAACUUAAUAUUAAAAAUGCUAGAUGCGCAACCAAUUUAAUACCUCAAAUUUGACCAAUCAACUUGUAGGAUUUGUUAUAUUCACUUGUGCAAAAUACUAAUUAAUAGUUAUUGUAAACCUACAGUAUUUACUUGAAGACAAACUUAAUUAAAGAGCUUUUUCAGACCUAAAAAUUUCCACUAAUUUGUUGAGUUCAAUAUUGUUGCUAGAUCUCAUUUGUGACUGCAACAUACCCCACCUGUGUCUCAUCAGAUUCACACAAAUUAUUGAAAUUUGAAAAUUGAUCCUUCAGGAAGAGAACUGGGGCAUGAAAAUUCAUACUGCCACUGGCUGCUGUCAUUGGGGGGAGGCUGCCUCGUCGCCAGGUGCUAUAAGACGAUUUCACAUAUGAGGGGAUGCAUGGAUGCACUACAUGCUUAAAAAUGCUCAGGUUGUUGCAAUACGGAUGAAAACAGGAUUGAACAAUGCUUUGCUGCCCACAUUGUUCACAGUUGCCAACAAUAUUGAACAAUAUUGUUACACCCGAUUCAGGCUCAACAAUAUUGUUCAAUAUUGUUGACAAGUGUGAACAACAUGGGCAGCAAAACAUUGUUCAGUCCCGUGUACUUCCUGUAAACCUUUUAUAUAGUGACUCGUAUGUGAAAUCAUUUUAUAGCACCUGGGGAUCAGGCAGGGCAGUUGAAAAUGUGAAAUCCAGGAUAAACUAUUGAAAUAUGCAUGCAAGGCCAGGGGCAAUUUUAUAUUUAACAAAUAUAAAACAUUUUCCGUGUUGAUAUACAGUUAUAUCAACACGAGUGGAAAUUGGGAAAACGAGAAAUUGUGUGGAAACACGACGCCCGAAGGGCGGAGUGUUUUCACACAAUUUCGAGUUUUCCCAACUUCCACGAGUGUUGAUAUAACUAUAUAUCAAUACGGAAAAAUGUUUUAUAUUUUUUUUAUAAUAUAGCAAUGUCAAAAGCCCGAAGAAUAAGAAAAAUUUCCGUGUUACAAGCGGCGGAAAAUUUCCCGUGUUGACAUGGAGUUAUAUCAACACGGCUCUUAGCCAAUCAGCGUUCAGAAUUUACAAAUGCUAUAUUAUAAAAAGUAUUGAGGCAUGCCUCAGGCCAUGGGAAAGUAUAAGUACGUACUAGGAAUUGCAUCAGCAACACCUCACAUUUCCAAAAUGAACAACUAUGGGUCCCAAUCAAUGACAAAAUCCAAGGAUAUAUGUGUUUGCUGUACAUGGGCACGUGGCAAGUAUUUUUUCUACAUUUAUGAGAAACGCAUUCGAAAGAUUAUACUUGUUUUCACUGUAGAAUUUUGAUUCAAUCCCCAAUACAUGUAAUGUAGAUUUGUUCUUAAACAUACUAUAAGUCAAUCCUAAGGCGUUUACUAUAAAUUAAAACAAACUUACUUUAGCUAGAUUGUUGCUUUAAAUCUUUACAUAAGAACUCGCCUUAUUUUUGCAUUGAGAUCGAUACUGAAGUGUGUGACGCGCCCGCGAUCAAUGAUGACCCAGGCACCCCGGAAAUAAAAAUGAAAUAAAGCUAAUUAACGCUAAUUAUAUAUUCUCACCAUGACGAAAUCCGCCAUUUUUGCGUGUCAUCUAGUUCUCGUUAACCAAUGCAGACAAUUAAAACAAUGUAAAAAGCAAUUUUUCAAAAUAAAUUGACAUUUACAAAGCAAUUUACCAUCGUGCAUCCAAAAAAUUAUAAAAGUUCGCUGGACUUACCUCGCAGACAUCAGCUGAAAAAUACAUCCAAAAAUGGCGGCGUAAGAAAGGCUAAUUGGCAGCGCCUGGGACUAGACUGACCGCCCUGGGCUCAACGGUACGAGGUUGCCCUGGGCUCUAUGCCCUGGGCUUAGAUAGUACGAUUUUGGAUGCUCCACAAGUCGUUUCACCAUUUCCGAGCGGGUGAGAAAAAUUAUGGAGCGAAGCGCAGUUGAAAAAAAUGCAGGAAAAGCAACGGGAAAAAUCACUCAUUUCUUUUGCAUUACCUUCCUUGUUUCUCUGUCCGCUCGGAAAUAUUGAAAGGAAGGAGAUUAGCCUGCAUAGCUGGUGCCAUAUAAAGAGUUGAAGUAUAUAUCUACUUUUUCUUUUCUUUUUAAACUAUAGACAUGAAUUUAAGAAACCGGCAACGGAAGAAGACUUCCUUGACGGCGAUUUUAAGAAAGAAGGAAAGAAAUACAAGAAAGCGGUAGAAAACUGUGCAGAAAAAGAUGAGUUCAAACACCAGGACAAUAAGUUGAAAAGCAAAAACAAUGCAAACCAAGGUCCUGACUUGUUGCAGUGUUCUGGUGGAAAUGGGAAUGAUGCGCCUUCAAUGAAUCAACCCACAGUGAAUCAAAGCGAACAAUCCAGUCAAACCACAGCUAACCCAAGCCAUGGAUAUGGAAAUAAUGGUGGAGGAUUUGGAGGUGAUGGCAAUGAUCCACCCAAGAGAAAUCCCGAACGUCUUAAAGGACAUUAUCUUGAAUCUGAUGUACCUCUAAAGAAGAAAGGUAUAUUUGAAUACACGCUUUGUUCUCAUUGCAGUCAUAAUUUAAAUGUACGAAUAAACAUUGUGUUCCACUCCAAUCGUAUCGAACCGUAUACAAUAUCAUUAUAUUUUAUCUGGUGCUCCCAAAAUAUAGAAAUACGCCAUGUUUGGUUACGAUACGUUUGGAGUAGAAUAUAAGCUUAAUUACUUUCGCACAAGAAAGACACAUUUUGUUUUGCAUUGUAAUAUAGAUGAAAUGGCAGAAGACAAUUUUAAAGUGCAACUUGAAACGUUGGUGAUUCCAGUGCCAUGUCCAGAAAGCUCUGGGUCAAGCAAUGAGUCAACAGCGAAUGAAAAUAGAUUAACCGCGCAAGACGAAAAUGAGUCAAGCGAGAUGCAAGUAGACAGGCCUUUGUCCUUGGAAAAUAUGUCUCUGUCUGACGACAAGAAUAAAAACUCUCAAUCUUCAGACAAUGAAAUUGGAGUUGGUCUGCUGGUUGGAAAUGAAGUAGGCUUGCUGAAUGGAAAUGAAGUAGGUUUAGUGGAUGGUUUUGGACAAAGUGCGGUGUAUGGAAAUUGGUCAAGUGCUGCGCCAAUGAAUACUGUGGAUAUGCCUUCAGAUAGCGAGAACGAGCAUUCAGACGAUGACGUCGACAAUGACGGAAAUAUUGGCCAGAAUGUAAGUUAUUUUUAAAUGAACUAGAAUUUAUGAUUAUUAUUAUCAUUGGUAUACUGUAUGUUAUAGUUCAAUCUUCAUACAAUAAAGUAUGUAUGAAAUUAACUUUAUCUAUAAUAAUUUGUCUAAGUUAAAAGUAAUUGUUAAACAUUGCGUUGGCCACCAACUGCAAUACCAAACAAUAUAGAAAAAUGUCGUUUGUGGGAUUUUACUGUUCUGUUAAAUAGUAGAGCUGUCAGAACUGGCCAUUCAUUUAUUCAACAAUUAGGAAAAUUGUGUUUUGUAGGAUUCUGAAACUGUUGUGGAACAACAUUUGCCUGACAACAUACCAAUAUUCCACCGCAACGAAAACAACGAAACGCAAACUUUAAAAUCACCUUACAAACUUUUGCAUAAAUUCCAGGUUAGCUUUAAACUUAUUUUAUAAUUCAUGUGCAAUAAAAUACCCUGCUUCCAGAGGCUCUUUGCGAAGCGAAAUCUUUGCGAGGCGAAAGAAACGAGAGGCGAGAAGGAAGAGCCUCUGGUCACGUCGGUUGCAAAUCCCACUUCUGCACUUGAUUAGGUUCAGAAUUUGAAUCUUGCAUGUGAUUGGUCAUUUGUAAAAAUAUGUCAAACCGGUUUGGGAAAUAAAGCCGGUUACACACGAGUAAGUUUUCUAAUGUAUAUGACAAGUUUUUAUGUGACAAGUUUUAUUUGCUCGUCUGUACGCGCAACUUUGACAAUUUUUUCAAUGACAAGUGCACUUGUUCAAAAGCUAGCAUGCUAGCUUUUGACCCAAUGACCAAGUGCACUUGUGACUUGUCAUAGAAAAAAUUGUCAAAGUACAAAUUUUGUUCGUCUGUAUUCCCUUUUGUUCAAGUCACGGAUAGGUGACUUUCCUAAAGGCCUGAUUCCACGAGCGCUUUUUCCGUCGGCGAAAUGUAAAUAUUUCGCCUGUUUCUUUUGAAUUGCGACCACUCGAAUAAAUUAUUUCUACUUGAAUUUUUCUGUGUUGGUGUUGUGUACUCAGGUGAAUAAUAUGUUUGCGAUGUUACUCUGAGUGCAUAUCCACACCGGGCGAGCUUGAAAAAUAUGCCCGGCCACGGUGGGAUUCGAACCUACAACCUUUGGAUACUAGCCCAAUGCUCUUCCAACUGAGCUACGCGGUCAGGACGGUUCGAGUAAGUGAUAUUUCGGAACAGUAUCUAGUUCCUUCAAUACCAAUGUGUUCUAGUAAUAUGAAUUAAUAUGAAUGGGCUAGUAUCCAAAUGGGCUAGUAUCCAAAGGUCGUAGGUUCGAAUCCCACCGUGGCCGGGCAUACUUUUCAAGCUCGCCCGGUGUGGAUAUGCACUCAGAGUAACAUCGCAAACAUAUUUCUAGUUGAUUGCUCAUAAUUCAAAAGAAACAGGCGAAAUAUUUCUUAUUUCGCCGAGAAAAAGCGCCCGUGGAAUCAGGCCUUAAAACAUUUCUAUUGGUUAGUUGGGCAAAACGUGACGGUGAAGGAGUAGAUUUAUGAAUAAACGUUGACCAACAUAGAUAAUGAGUUAUAUUGUUAUUCUAAUGAGUUUCACAGCCAUCUUCCCUUCGAUAGGCUAUGGUAUGGGUCAGCAAAGAAAAGUUGUCAAAGUAAUCUGAGCAUUUGAUGUGAUUGGCAAGCGGACUAUUAUAAUUUUUCUGUCAUGGGAGCGAUAUACACCUUUUUCUGACACGUUCACACCAGUAAAUAAAACUUGUCAUAUGAAAACUUGUCAUAUAAAAUUUGUUGCAGCACACGUGCACUUGGCAAAUAAAACUUGUCACAUAAAAACUUGUCAUAGAAAACUUGCUCGUCUGUAACUGGCUUAAUCAUAUAUUUAUAGCUAUAAAUGGCUAUAAUUAGCUUACAGUAAUGUUUAUUUCCCAAACCGGUUUGACAUAUUUUUACAAAAGGCCAGUCACAUGCGAGAUUCAAACUCUGAACUUAAUCAAGUGUGGAAGUGGGAUUUGCAACCGAUGUGGCCAGAGGCUCUUCCUUCUCGCCUCUCGUUUCUUUCGCUCGCAAAGAUGUCGCCUCGCAAAGUGCCAAAGAGCCUCCGGAACCAAGGUAGCAAUAAUUAAAAAUAAUAAGUCAAGCAAACCAAGUUAUGUAUCGUCUCGUUGACUAAGGACUUAUAAGGUCAUUGUAGAUUUACGUGCAUGGAAAGUAUAUUGUUUUUCUGUUUGUGGAUAACAUUGCCUUUAUUUGAAAAAGAUUUUAAACUCUAAAACUGUGCAACUAUUUAUGGCACAAACCAUACAACGAGCGUAUAGUACGUAUAGUAUAGUCCAAAUGAACAUUUACUUAGAUUUUUGAGACAAUAAAAAAACAUUGUUGUUUUCCAGAUCCGUGAGUAUUGAAUAACAUUUUCAUUACCAUUAUACUGUAUGAACUUUUCUUUGUAGCGUGGGUUAAAUGUUGGCAUUCAUGAUGGCCUCUGUCUGCCCGACCGUGAUUUUGUCAUCCUGAGUAAAAUUGGUUGUGGAAAGUUUGGAGUUUGUUACGAAAUCUUGGAGAUAAAAUCUGGAAAGAAAUUUGCGUUAAAAAAGGUAAUGU